UCCUGUUCCUGUUGUUCUGAAGCGCGAACUGCUGAAGCAAUGUAUGGUUUUUCCCUCCUGUGUUGCUAACAAUUAAAGAAACGGGAAAAGUAAUCAACCACCAAGUGUGUGCAUUAUUAAGAGAACAUGGCCGAAGAAGAAGAAAACCCUUCGAGCUCAACAGGGGAGGAGACUAGAGAGAAGUGAGAGGAUGAGAGGCGUACAGCACAGGUUAGAGAAAGUGGGCAGGAACCCUCUGCUUUCCCCCCACUUAAGUUUCGUUUCUUGUCGUUGGCACUUCAAGGCACUUCAAGGGAAACAGCCAGAGAGUUUUCCAUAGAAUUUCCAUAGGAUUGUGUCGGCAAGUGUGACCUUAUUUUUCUUCCUCCACCCAGAAAAGCUCUGCACCAUGUCUGCUCCUGUUUACCCAGGUGCUCCAAACCAGUCAUCCUACCCCAUGUCUCAGCCGGGUGGAGGUACAUGUCCAGUUUCUCCUGGAUAUGGACACCCCAGUCAUGGCCAUCCACCGGGCUUCAACAUGGGCUAUAAAAAACAGCCUGCGGUCAUGUACCAGCCAGUACCCAUAGGACCAGCUCCAGGCCCUGAAUACGGUGGCCCAUCAGGGGGGAUUUCACCAGCUCCUGGAGGUCCAGCAGUCCCCGUUGGUGUCCCACCUGGACUUGAGUACCUCACACAGAUUGACCAGAUCCUGAUCCAUCAAAAAGUCGAAGCAUUCAUCGGUUUUGAGAAAAACAGACAGUAUGAAAUCAAAAACAGUCUGGGUCAAAAGAUCUACGAGGCCAAAGAGAAGAGUGACUGCUGCGAAAGGAACUGUUGCGGCUCUCUGCGCAGCUUCGACAUGAAAAUAAAGGACAACAUGGACAGGGAGGUCAUCCAUCUCAUCAGGCCUUUCCGCUGCUCCUCCUGCUGUUGCCCCUGCUACCUGCAAGAGAUGGAGGUCCAGGCUCCACCUGGGACCACCAUAGGGUACGUCAAACAGGACUGGCACCCUUUCCUGCCAAAGUUUUCCAUCCAGGGAGCAAACAAGGAGACACUCAUGAGACUGGAGGGGCCCUGCUUUGCCUGCAACUGCUGUGGAGAUGUCAACUUUGAGCUCAAGGGGAAAGAUGGCGACACCCCCAUUGGUCGCAUCAGCAGGCAGUGGGGCGGCCUUCUGAAGGAAACCUUCACUGACACCAGUAACUUUGGCAUCCAGUUCCCGCUGGACUUGGACGUGAAGAUGAAAGCUGUGCUGAUGGGUGCCUGCUUCCUCGUUCCUCACGAUGUAGAUGGACAUUGUUGAUUUUGAAAUAUGUGGUGUGUUGCUGAAUAAAACAAUCGAAUACUUUU